CUUGUGGCUGUCGGUCUGCUGUGGGUGUCAGAUGCGGUGUAAACUGCGAAGAGGAGCCAGUUAACGGUGUCUCAUCUUGGCUGAAGACGGUGGCCGGUGCGGAGAUGUUGCGGUGGCUGCUUGGAGCCGCGCUGCUGGCUCGAGCGGCCGGGUUUUACCUCCCGGGUCUCGCGCCCGUGAGCUUCUGUGAGCCCGGAAAAGACCAAGUUCCAGACUGUAAGUCGACCAUUGAGCUAUUUGUGAACAGGCUGGAUUCAGUGGAGUCUGUUCUACCUUACGAAUAUACUGCGUUUGACUUCUGCUCAGAGAAAACAAUGAAACGACCAUCAGAGAACCUGGGCCAGGUGCUUUUUGGGGAGAGGAUCGAACCCUCACCAUACAAGUUUGAGUUCAAGAAAGCUGCCAUGUGUCAGAAGGUGUGCACCAGAACCUACGACACCAAAAACCCUGCAGACAAAGCCAAACUGGACUUCCUCAAGAAAGGCAUGCUGCUCAACUACCAGCAUCACUGGAUUGUGGAUAACAUGCCAGUCACCUGGUGCUACGACGUGGAAGAUAGACAGAAGUUCUGCAAUCCUGGUUUCCCCAUUGGCUGUUACGUCACAGAAGGAGGUCGACCGAAAGAUGCCUGCGUGGUCAAUUCUAACUUUAAUGAAAAAGAUGCUUUUUACAUCUUUAACCACGUGGACAUCACCAUCCAUUACCACAUCGUCGAGCAUGAACAGCUGGGAGCACGACUGGUUGCCGCCAAGAUCGAACCCAAAAGCUAUGAAAACCCCAAAGAUAACCCUGACUGCUCUGGAGGCCCAAAAUUCCUGAAAAACAAGCACACAGGAGUGUUUGAGAUCCCAUACACCUACUCUGUCUUCUUUGAGGAAGACAAGAAUAUUCGCUGGGCAUCUAGAUGGGACUACAUCCUGGAGUCCAUGCCUCACACCAACAUUCAGUGGUUCAGCAUAAUGAACUCGUUGGUGAUCGUGUUGUUCCUGUCUGGAAUGGUGGCCAUGAUCAUGCUGAGGACUCUGCAUAAAGAUAUCGCCAGAUACAAUCAGAUGGACUCUGUGGAGGACGCUCAGGAGGAGUUUGGGUGGAAGUUGGUCCAUGGAGAUGUUUUCCGACCUCCCAGGAAGGGAAUGCUGCUGUCUGUUUUCCUAGGCUCGGGAACCCAGAUCUUCAUCAUGACCUUUGUCACCCUUUUCUUUGCCUGUCUUGGCUUCCUGUCUCCAGCAAACCGUGGUGCUCUGAUGACGUGCGCUGUUGUUCUCUGGGUUCUUCUGGGAACUCCUGCUGGAUAUGUGGCUGCUCGCCUCUACAAAUCUUUCGGAGGAGAGAAGUGGAAGACCAACGUUCUGCUGACAGCCUUCCUCUGUCCCGGGGUGGUGUUUGCAGAUUUCUUUGUGAUGAACUUGAUCCUGUGGGGUGAAGGAUCUUCAGCAGCCAUGCCUUUUGGGACCCUGGUGGCCAUAUUGGCUCUGUGGUUCUGUAUCUCAGUGCCACUUACCUUUAUAGGAGCGUACUUUGGCUUCAAGAAGGCAGGUAUUGAACACCCAGUGCGGACCAAUCAGAUCCCUCGUCAAGUCCCAGAGCAGUCGUUCUACACAAAGCCUUUCCCUGGUAUCGUCAUGGGAGGAAUUCUGCCUUUUGGAUGUAUAUUUAUUCAGCUCUUCUUCAUAUUAAACUCCAUCUGGUCCCAUCAGAUGUACUACAUGUUCGGGUUCCUCUUCCUUGUCUUCAUUAUCCUGGUCAUCACCUGCUCUGAGGCCACCAUCCUGCUCUGCUACUUCCACCUGUGUGCCGAGGACUACCAUUGGCAGUGGCGCUCCUUCCUGACCAGCGGCUUCACUGCGGUCUAUUUCCUGAUCUACGCCAUUCAUUACUUCUUCUCUAAGCUGCAAAUCACUGGACUGGCCAGCACCAUCCUGUACUUUGGAUACACCAUGAUCAUGGCUCUCAUCUUUUUCUUAUUCACUGGCUCAAUCGGCUUCUUUGCCUGUUUCUGGUUUGUCACCAAAAUCUACAGUGUGGUCAAAGUGGACUGAAGGACCCAAACACACAACAGACUAUUUAUAUGGCUAGAGGGUGUUUUUCUCCCAUGAACCUCUGGAACAUUGAGCACUGUCAAACUGAACUGAGCGACACAAUCUGAACCUUCACCUCCUCUAGCAGAGGACUCUCUGCUUCUGACAGGCGGCUUUUUUCUUUGUUUGUGUGCCUAUAAAAUGUUUCCGUGUGAGCAUGUGUACAUUGGGUUGUAAUUUUGAACAUAUGGUAUCUAUCUGCAUAUAAUCUGAAUGACAUGAAUCAUAACUUUACAAAGCCUGCUUCCAGCAUCUGACGCGUAGAGAGUCGGUUCAUUCAAUGCCACCUUACACGGUGCAGCGGCUUUCAGCUGUACCGACUGUCAGCUAUCAUGUCAUUCAUUUUAGGUUUCUUUCAUGCUCCGUGCACUCUGUUUGCAGAUGUAGUUUUGAAUUGUAGACAUACAAAUAAAGCUGAGGGUCUGCUUCUUAACGGU